AUGGUGGAGCGCCUGCACCGCCAGCUUAAGGCGGCCAUAAUGUGCCACACCAAUACUCACUGGACCGAGGUACUACCACUGGUGCUGCUGGGCAUCCGCAGCGCCUGGAAAGAUGACUUGAAGUCUUCAGCAGCCGAGCUUGUAUAUGGGGAACCCCUGCGCCUGCCCGGUGAGUUUUUCGCGCCUACGUCGGACAUCACAGUAGACUACGCUGACUUUGCAUCCAGACUACGAAACCACAUCUCGAAUUUGAACCCAGUACCAGGAUCUCGGCACGUUCAGAGAGCAUUCUACGUACCAAAAGACCUGAGUACUGCAGACUAUGUAUUUCUGCGUCAGGGACCUGCCAAGAGAGCCUUAGAUUCCCCAUACACAGGUCCAUAUAAGGUGCUGCGGCGAGGAGACAAGACCUUCAAGAUCGACAUUAGAGGUAAAGAGAAUACAGUAACAAUAGAUCGACUCAAACCAGCAUACAUGACCAGAGAUGAUGACUCCAGAGGUUCCAGCCCAGUCCAAGCUCCAACCACUGCUACACCGGUCCCUGUGGAGCCUGCUACUACCAGGAAGACGCGCUGCGGUCGAUCAGUGCGCUUUCCAGAUUACUAUCGACCGUAG